UUGCUAUUACUUCUAGGAACUACGUUAGCGUAGAGUGUGAUUCCCAGCUACGUUGCGUGCGCUGUAGAGUAAGGUUGCCUGGCAACCGGGGCACGCUAUCUGUGGCACUAGGUGAGGACAAGCAGCUGCUGCGGUGUGCUGUUCGGACAAAGAAAAGUUCAUAAGGAUCCUGCAUAUCUGCGACAUAAGAAUGGCUGAAGCUAGGAUAUCAGCUUACCUACCACCCCACAUUGAUCCCACAAAAGCCCCCAUUGCCUUUGGUGAGAGGGCUUUACCAAAAUUAAAUGAGGAACUGAAGAGCCCUGACCUAAUUACCCGGCAGAGAUCUCUCAUGGCACUUUGUGACCUUGUGCAUGAUUCAGAGUACGUCUACCAGGCAGUACAUUUAGGUUUCAUGGACAGCCUGAAAACAUUGCUGUAUGAUGAAGACUCCACCGUAAGACAAAAGACAACAGAAGUUUUCCUCAUCAUGGCUGGUCAUAAUAUUGGAAGGGAAGGUAUCUUAAAAAGUGACCUUAUUAUUCCACUCUCACACCUUCUGAAUGACCCGGUUGAUAUAGUUCGGAGAAAUAUGCAUCAAACAUUUGAGAUGCUCUCAGAGCUUCGAGCUGGUGCAACCGCCCUUGUUGAUGCAGGUUUAAUAGCACAGCUGGUGAGCAAGCUGGAGUCAGAGCAUGAUGAAAUACAGGAGCUGAUUCUGGAGACUUUGCAUUUUUGUCUCCAAGCAGACGCUUUCCAGGCUCUUAAUGCAGGAGCUGUCCCCAUUCUGAAGGGGAAGCUCAGUCAUCCGUUAGUAGGCAUUAGGAGAAAAGCAGCAUGUGCUCUCUUGGAAAUAUGUGUUCCACUAGAAGGAAAGGAAAGUGUUUGCAAAGAAGAGGUAGUUCCUAUAUUUGUACAGCUCCUGGAAGAUGAGGAUGCUGAGGUCAGAGCCAAUGCUGCUGGGGCUUUGAUGUUCACUACCAUUACUACUCAAGGGAAAUAUGCUGCUCUUCAUUCUGGAGCCAUUCCGAAAUUGCUAGCUCUUGUGAAAGAUAACCACAGCAAGGUGCGACUAAACUGCAUCAAGGCAUUGACCACCCUAUCUGAAACACCUGAAGGUCGCAAAGUUCUCCUGCCGGAUGUGAAUCUAAUCCAGGAAUGUCUAAGUGACUCCAGUGAAGUAGUGAGCAGAGCAGCUGCUAUAGCAGAACUAGUCAUACAGUGGAAACCCUGAGCCAAGCACGAUAAUGAUACACAGGCAUAUUACUGUGUCCAAUUCACUGACCUUAAUUGUAAUGUCCAUAAGAAACACCGGAUCCUUCGGUUUAAAUUUGUUAAGAAAUUGUUAAACUGUUGCCUACACUAUACAAAGGUUUGAAUAAAGGUUUUGGUUGAAGUUCUACUUUAACACCCUGCAGCCUCCCCUUACUGAGGGACCCCGAGCCUAGUAUUCCCCUACUAAAUAGUUGCGCAUGGUUGUACUUGUAUUUUCUUGCUAACUUCCGGAAGGUAGUUUACCCAAAUUGGAUUAAUAAUAUUUUACAAUAAACCUGAAAAACGUUAAAAAUGA